CCUUGAGAGAAAUGGCAUUUUAAGAAGAAUGUCAUACUUGCUAUCAUUCCACCAUAUCCAGUUUAAGAACAUCUCAAAAUGAGACCUGGUGCAAGGGCUUCUGGCCUUCCACUUAACCUGGAAAGGUACAAUCUGGUGUAUAUGGGAUUCUUUACAGCAAUCGUAUUGAGUGGAACAAUAUAUUCUCUCCUACAUGGAACGCAUUCAUACAACGUUUUACUUUCUAAUCUUGGAACAAUAGCAACCAAUGCUGCCGAAUCAUUAACAGCGGAUGAAGAUCCUUCAGAAGUCGCUGAUGCACAAGAAGGAAUAAGCAAAGUUAUCGCAAAUAUUCCAACAACAUUCUUGGCAGACAGGAGAAAUUUAUUGAACAGAUUGUUCACAAAGUUUGCUUGGUUUUGGACUACACUUGCAUUCAUCGCACAAGCUGUUACGGUAAGAAGCAAAACUCCAAGACCUGAUAUUGUCAGAACCGAAAGCGGAAGUGAAGAUCAUAGCGCUGUAAAGGAGAAAAAGGAAAAACGUGUAGAAAGACAACAAAAAAGGGGCACUUCCGCAAGUACAAAUGAUGAUGUAGAUCUGCAAGCUACAGUUAUGGGCGCAUUAUCCAUUUCGCUUUUACGUUAUGUAAUCGCUACAAUCCUUUGGGUAUUCUUUGCUAGAUGGUUCUUAGGCCCGCCCGUUAUGGAACGCAUUCGUCAUUAUACCGGAGCUGUCUGUGUGCCUGUGCAUCAUAGUACUCCACAAACAAGCUCUUCAGCAAUCAAUUCACUCUUGCCGAGUACGAUUGAAACACAGCAUUGCUAUACCGGUGCCUCACUUUCGGAAAAGAGCCAUCCGCAAUUGUUCAAUUCGUUUGGCACGUCUAAUGUCUCAGCGGGAAUUCUGAGACCACGAUGGAAAGGAGGUCAUGAUAUAUCGGGUCAUACCUAUAUUUUGAUCAUUUCCUCUCUUUACCUUUUGGAAGAAAUCACGCCAUUCUUGCCGUACUUGUUCCCUACCUCUUUCCAUCAAUCGAUCGCUUCCAUCCUUCCUCGUCCUCUUUGGGCACCGGUCAACCCAUUCUCAGCAUCGGCACAACAAUCACAAACUUUGGCUACUCGAAACUUGAUCGCAAUCUCAGCCAUUCUCGCUUUGCUGACGUUAUGGACCGGUAGUCUUAUGGUCACCUCAAUUUACUUCCAUACACCACAAGAAAAAGUGAGCGGACUAUUUGUUGCUUUGGCAGCAUCCCUUUUGAUACCCAAAGGUGGUUAAAUAAAUGCCAUCAAUUUAAUGUGGAAAAGUAUGCAAUGUUUGUUUUUUUUGCCUGUUGUACAAUGCAAUGUAUGAGAUAAAGUACAAGAAUGGAGAGUAAUGAAUGAUCUAUUUUGCUUCGAAUAAUUUCAUAAAGUUUUCUUGAGGGAUUUGUACACGACCCACACUCAUUGCUCGUAACCUCUUCUUUCCCUCCUUUUGUUUAUUGAGAUGCUUCAAUUUACGUUCAUAAUGUCCUCCAUAUAAUCCAGCAGUAACAUCUUUGCGAUAAGCAGUCUUCUUUUCACUUGAAACAACUCGUCCGCCUACCAUUGCUUGAAUGUUGACUUCGUAUUGUUGACGAGGUACGAUGUCCUUUAGCUUUUGCGUCCAU